AUGCCGCCUUCCUCAGAAAGACACAGAGCCAUAGGCUUUGGUCUACUCGGUGUUUUGAUCUUGUCAUUAUCGCUAGCAUGCUCUGGUGCAUCUGCAUUCGAGGUCAAUGACUGGGAGGAUGCGUGUAAGCCUGGCUUCAUGUCUAUCAGCCUCGGACCUUCGUAUGCGAGCGUGGGCAAGAUACAACGCGGUGCUAGGAGGAUACCGCUUGAUGGCCAGAGUUUCACGAUCAUGGGGUCGGAUGAAUUGGCACAUCAUGCACAAAGUGAUCCAAGUCUUUCAAGUGCUCUAUUCGAUUCCAGUGUUGUGGUUUGCGAUGCCGCCGAACCCGAGUACUUCUUACAUCAGAUCAUCAAGCACCCGAUCCCUCACGUAAAUUCAAGCAAUCCUCACGAAGUUCACAUUUUCAAAGACUCGGUAAUCGAAGCCCUCUCGGAACUCAAAAAGGUGGCCGAAGCCUGGACACUUGGACCCAUUGAACAGGCAGUUGUGACUGUACCGCAAUAUUUCACCAGGGAAGAACGCGAUGCCAUCACGGAGGCUGGGGAUUCCAUUGGAAUAGAAGUCCUUCGCAUCAUGAACGCGCCUACCGCCGCUGCUAUUGGACUCGGCAUAGACAAGCUCGACGACGAAUUCCACUUCAUUGUGUAUGACCUAGGAAGAGAAGCCUUCGAGGUAUCUUUGUUCGAGGUUGAUGCAGGUGUGUUUGAAGGUCUGGCCAGUGUCAGUGAUCACCAGAUUGGCAAAGAGGUGGGCGGAUUGAUGUAUCAAAAGCAGCUGAGAGGGAGCUCGGUAUUCGACGCAACUGAGAUGGAGACACUCGAGAAGACACUACCCCUUCUGGGUCGGGUUAUCGAAAGCGCGAAUCUUUCUAACAACGACAUUUCAAAAGUCCUUAUCGUGGGAGGCUACACCGAACCGGCACAGUUGAGAUCCAUGGUAAAGGCCUUCUUCGGUACCGGAGCCUCUGCGAUCUUCGAUUACCCAGGAAGUCUCCGUUUGAUACCAGACAUGUGGGACUACGACGAAGUUGUCACGUUUGGCGCGGCUGUCUUUGCCGAGAAUGUCUGUGGACACGGAAGAUACGAUGAACUAGUCGGUACGUUUGAGGUGAAUCCACGAUCUGUCCUUCUCGAGAUCAUCGGAGGCGAGGCGCAUCGGGUGUUUCAACGGUACACAAUACUCCCGAGUACUCGGGCCAUGACCUUCACCACGACAGUGGACGGACAGACGAGGAUCGUCAUACCAGUCUUCCAGGGCGAGCUGCCAGAUGCGAGUAAAAACGACGAAGUACUUGUUCUCAGGUUGGACUGCAUCCCGCCAGCGCCUCGCGGAACUCAGACUAUCCAAGUGGUUUUAGAGGCAGACGUUGACGUGGCGGACGAUGCGUACAGGAUCUUGCUCAAAGCGUCAGCGCAUCUCGUAGGUGGAAGAGAGCAGUGUUCGUACAGCGCUUUCGGGGUUCUUCAUGACUUUGGUGCAGUUGAUGCACUCACUGGCGAAGAAAUUGAGCUUGAAGCAGCGUAUGUCUAUGGAGGAGUCGAGCCCGGGCGGCCUGGUAUCUGCAUCAAUCCUCAAAGCGGUAUUGGCCAUCACUACGUGGCGGCAGCUGAAUAA